GACCCCCCACAGCCUGGAGAUGGGGGAUCCCUGGGACCCCAAAACAGGGAGCCCUGGAGGGGGGAGACCCCCAGGAUUCUGGGGAGACCCCCAGGAUUCCCAGCACUCUGGAGAGGGGAGACCCCUGGGACACCAAAGGAGGGAUCCCAGAGAAGGGAGACUCCCAGGAUUCCCAGGAUCUCCCUCAGCCUGGAGAGGGGGGACUCCCAGAACCCCGAAGUGGAGACACCAGAGAGGGGGGAACUCUUUGGAAGGGCUUUAUUUUGCUGAAUCUCGAACUUUCAGAGUUUUUUGGGGGUAAAUCUCAUUUUUUGGGGGCUAAAUCUUGGUAUUUAGGGAUUUUUUGGGGUGAACCUUCAUGUUCUGAAGGUUUCUUGAUGAGUGUUGGUGGUUUGGAGGGGUUUUUAGCUGAAUCAGAACGUUUUGGGAUUUUUGGGGCUGUGACUUUGUGUUUUGGGGAUAUUUGCUGAGCUGAAUCUUGGUGUUUUGGAGGUUUUUGUGGGCACAGGAUGCCCAGUGACUUCUAGAGAUGGGCUUGGGCAGGAGGAACCCCAGCCCAACCUGCUCACACCUUGUUUUCCCCCCACCAUCCUUCUUCCUUCCUAUCCUUUCCUUUCCUUUCCUUUCCUUUCCUUUCCUUCCUUUCCCUUUCCUUUCCUUUCCUUUCCUUUCCUUUCCUUUCCUUUCCUUUCCUUUCCUUUCCUUUCCUUUCCUUUCCUUUCCUUUCCUUUCCUUUCCUUUCCUUUCCUUUCCUCUCCUUUCCUUUCCUUUCCUUUCCUUUCCUUUCCUUUCCUUUCCUUCUUCCUUUUCCUUCCUUCUCCCUUUUCCUUCUUUCUCCCUUUUCCUCCCUCUCCUUCUUCCUCCUCCUUUUUCCUUGCCCUCCUUCUUCCUUCCUUUCCUUGUUCCUUUUCCUUCCUUUUUCUUUUUCCUUCUUUCUCCUUUUUCCUCCCUCUCCUUCUUCCUUCUGCUUUUUCCUUGCUCUCCCUGUUCCUUCUCCUUCUUCCUUCCUUCUCUUUCCUUUCUCUCCUUACUCCAUUUUCUUCCUUCUCCUUUCUCGUUCCUUCUUCCUUUUGCUUCUUUCUUCCUCUCCUUGUACCUUCUUCUCCUCCUUCUUUCUUCCUUUUCCUUCCUCUCCUUGCACCUUCUUCUCCUCCUUCCUUCUCCUUUUUCAUUCCUUCUCCCUUCUUUUUCCUCCCUCUCCUCAUUCCCCUCCUUGCUCCUUCCCCUCCUCGCUCCCUCCUCAACUUGUUCCUUCCUCUCCCUCAUUCCCUCUCCUCAUUCCCUCUUCUCCUUCCUCCCUCUCCUCCUCCUUCCUCCCCCAGAGGAACAACCUGAGGACAAAUCCCCCUGGCAGGACCCCAUGGAAGGGGCUGUUCUGAAGGGCUCCACGGCCCAGGAAGGCAGCGGGGUGGAAGAGCCGCAAACAUUCCCAGUGGGAAAGGGCUCCGAGGAGGAAACAGCCCCGGGGCGCUGGGAAAGCGGCUGGAGCUUCACCCAGAGCUCUGACCUGGCGGUCCCCGAGCGGCUUCCCGGCGGGGAGAAGCCCUUCCCGUGCCUGGAAUGUGGGAAGAGCUUCAGCUGGAGGUCCCACCUGCUCCGCCACCACAAGGUCCACACGGGGGAACGGCCCUACCUGUGCGGGGAGUGCGGGAAGAGCUUCGGCCAGAGCUCUGACCUGCUGGUCCACCAGCGCCUCCACACCGGGGAACGGCCCUACAAGUGCCUGGAAUGCGGCAGGAGCUUCAGCAAGAGCUCCAGCCUGACCUACCACCGGCGCUUCCACACCGGGGAACGGCCCUACGAGUGCUUGGAAUGCGGGAAGAGCUUCGGGCAGAGCUCCCACCUGCUCGCCCACCGCAGGCUGCACACGGGGGAACGGCCCUACGAGUGCCCAGAGUGCGGGAGGAGCUUCAGCCGCAGCUUCAGCCUCGUCCUCCACCGGCGCCUCCACAGCGGGGAGCGGCCCCACGGGUGCCCCGAGUGCGGGAAGGGCUUUCGGAGCAGCUCCGACCUCCUCCUGCACCGGCGGAUGCACCGGGGGGAGAGGCCCUUCCGCUGCCUCCACUGCGGGAAGGGCUUCGCCCGCAGCUCCGACCUCCUCAAGCACCGGCACAUCCACACCGGGGAGAGGCCCUACAGGUGCCUGAGGUGCGGGAAGAGCUUCAACCAGAGCUCUGCCCUGGCCUCCCACCGGCGGACCCACCGGUGAGGGAAGCACGACGGAGCUUCGGCCGCUGCUCCCACCCCGUCACCCGUCGGGUGAUCCGCGUUGGAUGAUCCACAGGGACCCACGUCGGGCACAGACCUGGUGGGUAAAGGCCUGUUGGCCAGCGUUUCUGGUGGCUCACGUUCCUUGUAAUCCACUGUGGGGGUGUUUUUUUCCCCACCAGCCCUCACUGUGAUCUGAGAAAUGCUCGUUGAUGAACAGCCCCCUGGGCUGAGCUGCUCUUGGGCUGCUCAGAAACCCUCCCUGCUCCCAGGGACUGGUGCUGUCCGAGCAGCUCCUGCUCUUCUCAACCCACAGCCCUGGAAACUUCAUUUUUCUCACCCGAAGAACAAACCCAGUGGGAUUGUAUUCUUGUUCUCCAGCUUCCAGAGCAAGUCCUAUCCUGAACUGGGGCCAGGAUGGACAAUUCCUGUCCCCAGGUGCCUUGUCCAGCCUCUUUGUGCCCAUGUGGGUGUGAAUCUGCCAUGGAAAGCAUCCUGGGAAUGCUGCUCUCUCUCUCCUGGGUUCCUCAGGCCUGUGAGUGAGUGAGUGAGUGAGUGAGUGAGUGAGUGAGUGAGUGAGUGAGUGAGUGAGUGAGUGAGUGAGUGAGUUGCUGCUGUGGGGUGGUAAAUUCUGUGUGAAUGCCCUGUCUGUUGUUUAACUUCAGCUACCAGUGAAGUGCUGCCACGGGAAGUGCUCUUGGGCCUCUGGGAAUAAACUGCUGAUCAAGCACAGGCUCAGUUUAGCACCAGUUUGGGGUGUCAGGACCUGCCCAGCACUGGGGAUGGGCGUGAGGGAGGAGCUGGGGCCGGACUGGUGGGACUGGUGGUGCUGGGAACCCCCCCAAGGUGUGGGCAAGGGGAACUCGGGGGAGUGGGAAGGAGAGACAUGGUGGGAAAGGGGGGGAAAAAGAGGGAGUGGGACACCCACAGUGAGGGUGACAGGGGUGGGACGACCCCCCCAAACCAAGAUCUGGGUGUUUUGGAGGUUUUUGUGGGCACAGGAUGCCCAGUGACUUCUACGGAUGGGCUUGGGCAGGAGGAACCCCCAGCUCAACCUGCUCACACCUUGUUUUCCUGCCCCCUGUCCUUCUUCCUUCCUUUCCUUUCCUUGUUCCUUUUCCUUCCUUCUUCCUUUUCCUUCUUUCUCCUUUCUCCUCCCUCUCCUUCUUCCUUCUGGUUUAUUCCUUGCUCUCCCUGUUCCUUCUCCUUCUUCCUUCCUCUCCUUCCUGCAAGGCCCCUGUUUGGAAAGCCCUCAUGGGAAAUUAAGAAGAGCAGGGGGGUUGGAUGUUGUUGUGCUGUUUUGGGGACUGAACGAAGCUGAAACCAGCCUGACUCAUAAAUCCCUGAGCCAAAACAUCCUGGGAGUGAGGGAAUAUUUGGCAAAUAUUGUAAAAUACCUGGAAAUAAAGGAACAAACAAGUCACACCACUGAGAACUUCUCCAGAGCUGCUGGGCUGGCACAGCCUGGACACACCUGAGUGUCCCAGAUUUUAAGGGCAGGGUCUCCUGACAUUGUCCCUUCUUGGGAAUUGGUGCUUCCCAGUGCACU